AUGAUUACAAUAGUUGAUAAUUUUGAUAAUGCGACACCAGAAUUGGUCAAGAAAACUAUCAUGGAAUGUUGGAUUCCAUUAAAAAUUGCAAUACCGGACCCUAAAGAUUUACCAAUUAUACAAGUUUCUUUGAAACGUCACGCUUCAUAUGAGUUUCACAUUAAAGUUGGUAAAGCUUUGGCAUCUUUAAGAACCAUGAAUAUUAAUAAAAUGUUUGUGGUUCCUUAUUCUCGACCAUUUGAAAAAGAUGUUGAUUAUGAACUUCCGUUAUAUUGUUCAGUUGGUUCUGCUGGUUCAGAACUUGGUAGGGAAAUAUAUGGAGAAUUAAUUUAUAAACGAGUGGAUUGA